GGGGUUUCGUCAUCGAACAGCGCCGCACCGCCCCAGGGGAGACGCGCGGUUGCCGGGGAGACGGCGGUGCGGUUGCAGGGGGCCCGGCCAGGCGCUGCCCACACCGGCUCCUCGGCAGGCGCCGCCGGAGAAAAAAAAUGAAUGAGAUAAAGGAGGCUCUAAAAAACACGGAGCAGAACUACAAGCUCUUCCGGCAGCAGCAGUUUACAUUUAUUAGAGCACUGCGAUGCACCCGAGAGAAUGCCCGUGACAUGUUAAGACCCGUGGCAAGCAUCAGCCAGGUACAGUCCUACAUGGACCAUCACUGUAACAAUUCCACAGACAGGUGUAUCCUCAACAUGUUCCUAAACAUCUGCAACGAUCUAUGCAAUCUCUGCCAGAAGCUGGAAACUCUGCAAUCUGGUAACGACAUCACCGAUGGCAUUUUGGAGAGAUGCAAGCUGCUCCUUAGCCACAGCAAUGAUCUGAGCACCAUCCGAGCUAAAUACCCCCACGAUGUAGUGAAUCGCCUGAGCUGUGACGAAGCAAAGAAUCAUUAUGGAGGUGUGGUGAGCCUCAUCCCCAUCGUUCUAGACUACGUGAAGGAGUGGGUAGACCACACUGAGAAGCUGCCACGGCACAUGCUGUGUAACGAGAGUGGUGGAAGUGCUCUCUCUGAGAAGAGGACACCCCAGGGUGCACCAGCUAGGGCAGCCGUUUCCCAACCACCACCUCCUGUGCCCCUUGGAGCUCAGACCUCAGCUAGUAACAACAAGAAUGUACAAGCACAGGGGAGUAAGUGUGUCUGGAAGAAGUACCUGAAUAACACAGAAAAUCACAGUGGGAAACUUAAAGGUCCCUGGAAACCACCAGGUAGACACGCCUUUUAAGGGAUCAAAGUUCACACAUCUUCUGCUUACCGCCUUUGAUCAGGCAGCUAAUUAAAGACAAUGAAAUAAACACUAGAGAUCCUU